CAAUAUAGCAACGAUCACAACACAUUCAACCUAGUGGUUUCAUCACUCUCCUCGAGCACGGGACGGGGCAAAUUUGAGGAUUAGCAAGAGCUGCAUCAGUUCUAGCAACAAUAAGAUCGAAGAACAUUUUUCUGUAGGCACUGCUGUCAUUAUUUUAAGAAUUGCUGGGGCAGGUAGCACGAAAAUGAGGACUAGAACCAUGGUUUUUCGCGAAGAUUCUAUGGGUAAGGAAUCUAAUCACAAAGAAGAACGAGCACUUGAAGAUUUAGAUUUGGCGAUGACCGAUACCGAUAGCGGAAGGACAGCUAUCAGUGGUCACAUAGAACAAUCUGCCGAGACUGUUACGUUGGAGACAAACGAUAUGACAGGAAGUACCGAGUUUGUGGACUCAAAUCAAGUCAUGGAUACAGCAGAUGCAGAAAAUACAAUCCGAAAGAAUAAUAUGACCUGUGGCAAAGAAUCCGCGAUUGAAAGUWCUACUGAUGGAGUCAUGAACACUAUUAAUGGUGGUGGCGAUGAUGAAACUAGUGCGCGAAUAACAGAAUCAACAUCGGCGAUGAAAUUYCAACCGUUACAGCCUAUUCCUGAGAAAUCUUUGUCCCCGGGAUCUCAACAGUCUGUCCAUGCCAAUCAGUCAAGCGUGGUACCYGUCUCUAGAGAAGGCGGAUUCUUUAUGAACAACAUACAGGAUCCUGUCGCAGCAAGUAAGGUAUUCAAGAACACUCAGSCAGAAAAUGAUGAGGAAAAUUCGCCAUCAACWCAACUACUAUCACAUACACCCCCAACAAGUAUGUCCACUCCUUACGAAACAAUGCACUUCGGGAAAAGACCGCGUUCAGGAGUAAGUAUACUUYGUUGCUUCAAAAGAAUCACAUGUUGCGUACACAGGUCCCUGUCUAACGAUUUAYGUUUGCUCRACCCUUCUUGCAGAGUCUGUCGGAGCGUUUGUUAGUAUCAACAGAGUUAGAAGAAAAGGGGAUGAUCAAUAGAGAUCAAAAGGGGAUUUUAAAGGAUUUAAUUAUUUCGGGGCAAGAUAAUGAUAUACAACAUGCUCUUGAUCGAUACGAACAGGGCGAUGCAAGUAUGCUAGAGGGAAUUCUGCACAAUGGUUCCCUUUCCAAUAAAGCAACAGAAGAGAUCGAUUUGUUGGGACAAUUAGACUUCGACUUCCUUAAUGUGAAGGAGAGAGAACAACAAAACGAUACAAACAAUCACUUUGGCGGUAAAACUGGUUCUGUAGCUUCUGACGGGAUCGGCGAUUUAGAGUUCGAUGGCGGAAUAGGUAAUUGGGAACAAGGAGAUGACAAUCGAUCKCGAUCCAAUUCAACCUGGUCGGCUCUGGAAAAUCGCACACGAGCUAACUCAACCUGGUCUGCGUUGGAAUUAGCUUUGCAACAACAGCAACGWUCACGUGCAAACUCUGCCAUGUCGAUUGACCUUGAAAACUUUAGAUCACGAUCGAACUCAUUGUUUUCUCCUUUGAUUGGAAACCAGACUCCUGACACACAAGCGAAUUUUGGUCGUUGGAUGGAAUCCUCAUCUGGAUCGGCAGAACUACCCGUGCAACCAGAGCAGCACCAGCAACAACUACUUCAGCAACAGCUCCAGCAUCAGCACCACUUCCAGCAGCUUUUGACUCAGCAGAAACAAAAAAAGCAACAAAAACAGAAAUCAAAAACMAAACCCAAAACAUCGAAACCCGCGAGGCGGAAAUCAGCUCCCCCGGGAACGAGAGUCSCGAAGCAACCGUCAGCAGCSGCAAUUGCAAAAGAACAGAUGAAGGAACAGAGACGAAAAGAAAGACUGUUGAAGAAGGAAAGAAAAGAAAAAGAAAAACAAGAAAAAAAGGCAAUGAAAGAACGAGCCAAGCUAGAAAGACAGAAAAAGAAGGAAGGGUUGGAACAACAAGAGAARAUAAAAGAGAAAGAAAUCCAUGUGCCAGGAUCGGGUCGACCUCGCUCUAUGAGUGACCCAAACAUAAAGUCCAAGGUCGGAGAAGAUGGACUCUUGGAAGUUGAACGUCCAGAUGGUUGGAUCGGUGCAUACUCGCCCGAAAGUCGGAAAGUUCGUAUUGGACGCUUCUUGGAGAAGAGAAACCACCGAGUUUGGACGAAGACAGUGAAAUACGACGUUCGAAAGAAUUUUGCGGAUAGCCGUUUACGAGUCAAAGGACGCUUUGUGAAAAAGGAUGACGAACUCUUGAUGAGGGAGCUCAUGAGUUUGACUUAAUGUUUGUUGUAGUCUAGUCUACGUUAAAUGGAAUUUUAUUGGUGUAAAGAGUGACCUUUGUCAGACACACUUUUAAAUUUUAAUCUAAUUCGAAUAUUAUGCAAAAUAGAAAGACGAAUCGAUA